AUGCUGCACAAUGCUGCUCGUCAACUGCAUGAAGCGAAACUGAUUCAUCCUCAGAAGGAUAUUAAUGUGGGGAAAAUUUGUCUGAAAGAGGGUCACAGUAUGCGUGGCGAGCAUGAUGAUUACUGUUCGUCACCGCUGCGUUUUCCUGCACUUCCGUUGCGGGACGAUGGUUAUUCUAAGGAUGGAGAGGAACAGGUUGGCGAAGAUGAAAGUGAACAAUCGAUUUGGUCAGCUGACAGAUGGUACUGA